AUGGAUGAAAUUAGGGAUGUAAAGAAUCAAAAAUUGUGGCAACAAGCAUUUCAUAGAAAAAUACUUGAAGAUAGGGCAAGAGUAUUUCCAGAUACUUCACAAAAAGAGGAAAAUAAUAUAAAAGAGGAAGAAAAUGAAGAAAAAAUAUUAAUUAAAAAUAAAAAAGAAAAUGAAGAAAUUAUUAAAGAAGAAAUUAUUGAAGAGACGGGGAAAGAAGGAAAAAUUAAAGAAAAUUACCGAGAAAAUGAAGAUAAAUAUGAAAGAGGAAGAAGAGGGCGAAGUAAUAGUCCUAAAAAAUUUAAAAGAGUAUCUGACGAUUCUAAAAGUGAAAAGAAUGAGAGAUCAUUACCUUCCUUUAUUCCUUCAAUUGAUGAUGAAAUGAACGAAGAAAUACGCCGAAUGGAAAAAAUAAGACAAAUUUUACGACGUCGAAAUGAUGAAAAUGCUGUGGCAAAAGCUAGAUUGAGAUAUUUUGAACGUAGAGAACAAGGGGAAAUUGUACCUCCAUUUUAA